GAGAGAGCGAGGUGGCUGUCUAUGUCACUCUAUUUUCUGACUUCCCUCGCUGCGUGCCUCACUCAGACUGUUUCUCCCCGGUGUGUGUGUGUCAGAGUGACAGUGAGACUGUAGCUUAGCUUUGAAGGAUUGGAAUUAAAACGGUCACUUGGGAUUGUCUACCUUCCAUUGGCGGCCAGUCUAAGGUAGGACCGUGUUUCUGUCUUCCCCUCCACGCGCCCCCCCCCCCUCCCCCCCAACGCUCUGACAUCACACCUGGCUGACCUCUGUUCACCACUCAUCCCGACACCCUCCUCCCCCUAGCAACGGUCACCCAUGGCGCUGUCUUCACGCUUAAAGCUCUGGGAGCAGAAGAUCAAGGAGGAGAAGAAGCCGGUGGCGGCCGCCGUUCCCCCCCCGCCCGUCACGGCCGUACCCGGGGGCUUCCUCAGGCAGCUGGUCAGAGAGACCGAGAAGGAGACCAAACUGAAGGAACCGGAAGCCAAAGAAGAGAAGGCACCCAGUAAGCUGAGUGACGAUCUAGUCCAGCAGUUCCUCCUCCCAGACCAGACUCCACCAAUCCUGGAGGCGGAAAUGUCUCUGCGAGCCGAAAAAACAGUCAACGGCGAGCGGGGUCGCCACCCCGCCCAAUCGGAGCUCAAGACCUCAUCGCCGAGGCGACACCUUUCACCGGAGGUCAAGAGCCCGUCGCCGGUCAAGGGAGUGAAACCGGAAGUGACAUCAGAACACGUACAGGAAGAGAGGGAAGAGAAGGUGUCGAAGGCGACGAGGACCCCCGAGGAGGGGGGAAAGAGAGAGCAGAAGGAAGUGAGAGAGGAGAGAGAAGAGGAAGUGAGAGAGGAGAGACAGGAACCUGAGGGGAGACCGGCAGAGACCACCAUGACGGAACAUGAGAAGAUAGAGGUGAGAGAUGUAUGGUACGAAGUUGGAACAGUGUGGUACAUCCAGAAGGAUGGUUUUAACCUUGCCACUCAGCUGAAACCAGACGAGGGCACUCCUGAUCUCCCAGCAGGCCGAGUGAGAGUCAGGCUGCAGACAGACGGAACGCUGCAUGACGUCUCUGAGUAUGAUAUCGAGAAGUGUAACCCCGCUGAGCUGGAUUUGUGUGAGGACCUCAGUGAGCUCCAGAGCGUGAACGAGUGCGGGCUGCUGCACGCCCUAACCAGCCGAGCCAAAGCCAGGCUGCCUCUCACCCACGCAGGGCCCAACCUGUUAAACCUGUGGCCGCCUCAGCACCCCAACAGCAAGACCCCCAAGUCUCGGAGGGGGGAGUCGGUGUGGGACGCCCCCCCGGCCCUGACCGCUCUGGUCAAGCGUGUGUACGUCUCCAUGGUGGGCAGGAGGAAGGACCAGAGUGUGUGCGCGGUGGGACGCAGCGGCACGGGGAAGACCACGGCGUGCCAGUCGUUCACACACGCCCUCCUCAAACAGGCUGGCACGGCCGGGACCAACAUCAGCGUGGAGAGAGUGCAGGCCAUGUUCACGGUGUUGAGGUCUUUCGGGUGCGUGAGCUCGCAGCACAGCGACGCGUCCUCUCGCUUCGCCAUGGUGUUCUCCCUGGACUUCAACCACGCCGGGCUGGCUGCCGCGGGACACCUGCAGACCAUGAUGUUGGAGAAAUGGAGAGUGUGUCAGAAGCCAGAAGGAGAGAGCAACUUCCUGGUUUUCUCUCAGAUGCUGGCUGGACUUAAUACGGAGAUGAGGACAGAGUUGCAGCUGCACCAGUUACCUGAGGUUAACUCCUUUGGGAUCGUCACGCCAACCAAGGUGGAGGAAAAACAGCGUGCCUCUGUGGCCUUCACCAAGCUGCUGGCUGCCAUGGAAACGCUUGGCUUCACCGCGGACGAGCAGAGAGCGAUUUGGCAUGUUCUGGCUGGAAUAUAUCACCUCGGGGUCGCGGGGGCGUGUAAAGUGGGCAGGAGGCAGUUUGUGAGCUUCGACAGCGCGCAGACGGCCAGCUGCGUGCUGGGCUGCGAGGGGGAGGAGCUCCAAACGGCCGUGUUCAAACACCACCUGAGGCAGCUGCUGCAGAGAGCCACGGGCGGGGGCCGCGAGAGGCACGCUCAGGCCGAGUCAGAGGACGGUCCUCGACUGAGCGCCUCUCAGUGUGUCGAGGGCAUGGCCGCCGGGCUCUACGAGGAACUCUUCACUGCUGUCGUGUCGCUCGUCAACAGGGCUCUGAGUUCCCAGCACCUGACCCUGGCCUCCGUGAUGGUGGUGGACACACCCGGCCUCCGCAACCCCCGCCACACCAGAGAGGAGCGGGCGGCGGGCUGGGCCGAACUCUGCCACAACUACCUCCAGGAGAGGCUGCUAGAGCACUACCACACACACACCUUCACACACACUCUGGAGCGAUACACACAGGAGAGAGUACCUGUGGACUUUGAGUGUCCAGAAAGCAGCCCUGCCGAGGUGGUGUCCUCCAUCGACCAACCUGCUCUACAGGUGCGGGCAGCAGAUGGAGACCCCAGAGGGUUGCUGUGGGUCCUGGAUGAGGAGAUGGUGACCCCAGGCUCCAGUGAGAACACCGUACUGGAGAGGGUCUGCCGGUACUACAGCGACACUGUGCGGCAGUGUGAGCAGCCUCUCCAGUGCGAGGUGAGCCACUUGAUGGGGUCUGACCCGGUCCGCUACGACCUCACAGGAUGGUUCGGCCUGAUCCAGAACAACCCGUCCGCCCUCAACGCCAUCUCACUGCUGCAGAACUCCUCCGUGACGGUGGUGAAGGCUCUGUUUGCCCCCAGGGCCUCUGUGCCCCCCCUGUGUCGGGGUCUGGGGGGCGUGGAGGGGGGGAGUCAGCGCUCCCUGCAGAGGAGCGGCACCAUCAGGAAGACCUUCAGCGGAGGAAUGGCCGCCAUACGCAGACACUCCCACUGCAUAGCAGUCAAGCUACAAGCCGACGCUCUGCUGAACCUGAUCCGCAGAGCCAGCCCUGUCUUCCUGCAGUGUGUGCAAGCCAAGAUGGAGGGCGGAGCGUUCGACGUCCCCGCUCUCAGGGUCCAGCUGCACUCCACGCAGAUCCUGCCUGCCUUGCAGCUCUACCGCACAGGCUACCCAGAACACAUGACUCUGAGUGACUUCCGCUGCCGAUUCCAGGCUCUGUCACCACCCGUCAUGAAGCGCUACGGAUCAGUGUUCAUCACCCCGGACGAGAGGAAGGCUGUGGAGGAACUGCUGGUAGAGUUGGAUGUAGACAAGAAGAGUCUAGUUCUAGGAGCCAGCAGGGUGUUUAUGAAACGUGGCGUGCUUCGCUACCUGGAGCAGCUGAGGGACCAGCUGGUCAGCGGUUGGCUGAUUCACCUGCAGGCUGCCUGCAUGGGUCACCAGGCCAGACAGAGGUACCGCAAACUCAAGGUGCAGCAGAUGGCACUGCGCUGUGUGCAGAGGAACGUCCGCGCCCUGAGAGGCGUGGCCAAGUGGAGCUGGUGGCGACUCUUCUGCAGAGUGCGCCCCCUGCUGGAUGUCAACAUGGACGAUGAGAGGCUCAGGGCCAAGGAGGAUGAGAUAUCCGCUCUGAGACGCCGGCUGGAGAAGUCGGAGAAGGAGAGGAACGACCUGAGGCAGACGGCCGACGUCCUGGAGACCAAGGUGACGGCGGUGUCGUCGGAGCUGAGCGACGAGCGUUUCCGCGGCGAGGCCGCCUGCCAGGCGCUGGACGUGGAGAGGGCGGAGAGGCUGCGCCUCACCAGGGAGAACAAGGAGCUCCAGGCUCGCCUGGACCAGUGUAAGGUCACCGUGGAGACGUUGGAGAAGCAGGUGGAGGAGGAGAAGCAGAAGGUCCAGAGCAGAGGGAGCCAGGCAGGGGCGGGGACAGGUGGCGAGAUGGCCCUGCAGCUGGAGUGCUGCCAGACGGAGGUGGAGUUUGUGCGCCGGCGUCUGAAACAGACCGAGGAGAGGCUGGAGUCAGAGAGGCAGGCUCGCCAGCAGCUCGACACCAAGGUGUCCUCUCUGCAGGUCCAGCUGGAGCAGUCCAAGAAGAGCGUGACGGAGCUGAGGCGUCAGUGUCGGCGCGUGACCUCCGACCUCCAGGACGCCCGCGUUCUCACCGACAGCCUGCAGAGCCGCGCUCACGAGCUCGACCGCAAACAGAGGAGGUUUGACAGUGAACUGACGCAGGCUCUGGAAGAAGCAGACAAUGAGAGAGGCCAGAAGGACAAAGCCAUCCAGGAAAACACGGCUCUGGCAGCGCAGUUUUUCACCCUGCGCCGCGCUAUCCAGGACAACCAGGCGGAGGUGGGCCGCCUCCAGCAGCAGAAGGAGGAGCUGUGCGCCCAGAUCCGGGACCUCAGCCUGCCCGUCGACCUGGCCUCCGACUCGCUGCCCGACCUGAAGAAGCAGCUCCGCCUCCUGGAGGGCCAGACCACCCAGAGAGGGGAGGAGGUCGCCCAGCUCAACGCCAAGAUCCAGCAGCAGCAGCAGAUGCACCUGCGCUUCGAGAUGGAGAUGGAGCGGAUGAAGCAGAUUCACCUGAAGGAGCUGGAGGACAAGGAGGAGGAGCUGGAGGACGUGCACAAGUCCUCCCAGAGAAGGCUCAGGCAGCUGGAGAUGCAGCUGGAGCAGGAGUACGAGGAGAAGCAGAUGGUGGUCCACGAGAAGCACGACCUGGAGGGCCUCAUCGCCACGCUGUGCGACCAAGUGGGUCACAGGGACUUUGACGUGGAGAAGAGGCUGAGGAGAGACCUGAAGAGGACCCACGCCCUGCUGGUGGACGCCCAGCUGCUGCUGUCCACCAUGGACAGCCCCGGACACAGCCAGCCCGGAGGCAGCAAGGAGCAGGUCGAACGGCUGCACUGCCAGCUGGAGGAGAGCGAGGCGCGGCGAGCGGAGGCGGAGAGCCUCCAGAAGACCCUGUCCCAGGAACUGGAGAACGCUCAGAUCGAACUCGAAAACAUCUGCAAGCACAAGAGCCUGGUGGACGAGCAGGUGGCCCAGCUCCUGCACGAGAAGACGGACCUGCUGAAGAGGCUGGAGGAGGACCAGGAAGACCUCAACGAGCUCAUGAAGAAACACAAAGCUCUCAUCGCGCAGUCCUCCAGUGACAUCUCUCAGAUUCGGGAGUUGCAGGCCGAACUGGAAGACGUGAAGAAACAGAGACACACCAUCCAGGAAGAGCUCCAGCAGAACGUGGCGAGGCUGCAGUACCUGGAGUCGUCCACUGUGGGGCGCAGCAUAGUCAGCAAACAGGAGGCGCGCGUCUGCGACCUGGAGAACAAGCUGGAGUUCCAGAGAGGACAGGUCAAGAGGUUUGAGAUGCUGGUGCUGCGUCUCAGGGACAGCGUGGUGCGUCUGGGGGAGGAGCUGGAGCAGAGCGCCACGACGGAGGCCAGGGAGAGGGACAACUCCCAGUACUACCAGCAGCGCCUGCAGGACACCAGGCUGGACAUGGAGGAGCUCUCUCUGAGGGAGCAGGACAGCAGCCGCAGGCGCAUGGAGCUGGAGAUGCAGGUGGAGGAGUUGACUGCAGUCAGGCAGACAUUACAAGCCGAUCUGGAGACAUCCAUCCGUCGCAUCGUGGAUCUACAGGCCGCCCUGGAGGAGGUGGAGUCUAGUGACGAGAGCGACAGUGAGAGUGUUCAAACCGCUGUGGAAUCGCUGGGUAAAAAGAAAGACCUUGACAGUGUGUCCAGCGUGGGCUCCCUGGGCACCGAGGAUGUCGGGGAGGGCAUCCGUCAUUGGCUGGGCGUCCCGAGAGGGGCGGGAAGGGGGGGCUCCCCCUACGGCAGCAGUACCAUUAGCAGCCACGGGGGGCGCCAGUCCGUCACAGACACCAUGAGCACCUACAGCUUCCGGUCCUGCGUGGACCCCGAUGAGGACGGCUCCGAUGCCGGGGAGGGUGGGGCCGGGGGGGCCUCGUCGUCCUCGGCUCUCUCCGAGCUGCUGGAGGGGCUCCGUAAGCGCCGGGCCGGGGCUGACGCGGGGGAGGGGGGCGGCAGCACCAUCUCCCUGCCCAUCUAUCAGACCACCGGGGCCUCCACUCUCCGGCGCCGCGCCUCAGCUCUCUCUCUGGGUCCCGAGGACCUCCAGGAGCCCAGGCCAGGCCCCGGGAUCCUCAAACCGCCCUCCCCGCUCCUGCCCCGCGCCGCCAGCAUGCGCUCCCUAGGCGAGUCCCAGGCCUCCGCCGCGGCCUCCGGGGCCAAACCCUCCCGCUUCAGCUCCUCUGACUCCACCUCUUCCCUCCCCUGCCUCCCCCGCCUCUCCUCCCUCUCCUCCGCCCUGACCUCGCUCCAACGCCCCCCGAGCCUCGCCAUCCCCGAGGAAGACAUGGAAGACCCCGUCCGCUCCCUGACCGCCGCGCCCGUCCAGCGCUCGCCCCAGCCGGCGAGACGUCGGAUGCUGGGGAGCGCCGUCGGCGAGGGGGGCGACGAAGGCUCCCUGGGCUCGGAACCCUUGGUGUUCCAGAACCGCCGCCUCGCGGCGGAUAGCAACCGCGACGACGCCGGGUUAGACAUCCUGCCAGCUCUCCGGAGGGCCCAGUCCACGAGCAGCCUGGUCGGCUCCCUCAGGGGGGGCAGGAGGGCUCUCAGCGUCCAUUUCGGAGAGCUGCCCCCCUCCCGCAGCAGGAAAGGCUCCGACUCAAGCAGCUCGGGGGGGUCCGACGAGAGCUCCCAGGGAGGGGGGCCGAGGCGUAGGAACGGGAGGCCACAGGGGGAGAGGCUGGAGGCCGAGGGCAGCGAGGGGGACGUGGCCUCGGUCAUGAAGAAAUACCUGAGAAAGACCGAGACGGACUGAGGUCAGAGACUGCAUUAACAGAUCUGAGGAUACAACUCAAGACCUAGGAUCCACACGAUGAGGAAAUUCUUACGAGCCAACGAAGUGUACUAGCAUCCACACACUGAGCCAAGCCACUGAAGAUUGAUCUUCUCGCGCACUAAAUGCCU